AGAUCUUAUUCCAGUUAAUUUUCCGGCGAUCUUCUUUCUCUCUUUGCUCGCUUAUUCUCCACCGGAAUCAGAGGGUCAGGGCUUUCGCAAUUCAACCCGCGAGCUUUGAUUAGGAAAAGAUGAGCGACUAUAGAAGCUUCGGCAGUAACUAUCACCCAUCAAGUCAAUCUAGAAAGAUUUCUAUAGGAGUAAUGGCUGAUUCACAACCCAAGAGAAAUCUUGUGCCAAAUAAGGAUGAUGGAGAUGUUAUUGCUAGAGUAGAAAAGUUGAAAUCAGCCACAGUAACUGAUUUACAUGCGAACAAGAAAGAUAAAGGUGAUUUAGCUGCCAAGCAAAGGAAUUCAGCUCAGGUCACAGGACAUGUGACCUCACCUUGGAGGUCUCCGAGAUCGUCUCAUCGGAAAUUAGGGACUCUGGAGAGUGUUCUUUGUAAGCAAACGUCUAGUUUGUCUGGUAGCAAGGGAUUAAACAAGGGGCUUAAUGGAGCCAAUCCAGCACCAGCUCGUGACUCAUUUCAAAACUUUCCCAUUUCGAGUCCUCAGCAGAGUCAUGGUGAGCUGAAUGGAGGCAGGAACGAUACAGUGAUGGAUAGGAGUCCAGAGAGGAUGGAAGAUCCUCCAUCUGCAGUCUUGCAGCAAAAGGUUGCCUCACAGAGAGAGAUGGAUAAGCCAGACAAGGAGAAAAAUGGAACUACUGAUGUUUUGAGAUCAAAACUGUGGGAAAUAUUGGGAAAAGCUUCACCAGCAAAUAAUGAAGAUGUGAACUCUGAGACCCCAGAAGUUGAGAAGACCAACUUCAAGUUGAGUCAAGACAAGGGUUCAAAAGAUGAUCCUCUUAUUAAGCCUAGACACAAUUCAGAUUCUAUUGAAACUGAUUCUGAAAGCCCUGAAAAUGCUACCAGAAGGCCAGUAACCAGAUCUUUGUUGCAGAGGAGGGUAGGAGCCAAAGGUGUCCAGAAGAGAACCAAAGCUGGUGCCAACUUAGGUCGCACAAGCACAGAACAAGUAAAUAAUGUAUUUUCAUUUGAAGAAGGUUUUCGCGGAAAAAUUGGCACUGCUAUGAAUUCCAGUGUUAUGCCAAAAAAACAAAGGGGAAGAAGAAAAAACACUGUUGUACAAUGCCGUAAGGCUCAUUUUCGCAGAAAUGAUGAAGCUGAUGGGAGUCAGAAGGAGGCGAGCAAGAGCAAUACUCCACCACGUUCUGAGAGCAGGGGAACUGGCAAAAGAUCUUCAUUUUCAGACAAAAAAGAAAGUUCCCAUGACCUUCAUCCACAGAGCAAAGCCCGGAAACAGAAACCAGAUAUUAGCACAAGGGAAGGAGAUUUUCAUCCAUCGCCAGAAGCUGAGACAGCAGCUAUGCCAGAGAUGUUCCAGGGAUUAUCUAAAAAUGGCGAGAAACAUGAAAGGCCGAAUAAUGUUUUCAUGGAAAAGUCUGUUGAGCCAGAAAACGAAUUCCAGAGUCCAACCUUUGGAUAUAAGGCACCAAUCUCAAGUCCUUCCCCAUGUCUUUCUCCAGAAGCAUCUCCUUUGCAACCUCGGAAUAUUAGUCCCACUUUAGAAGAGACGGAAACACCAAUAUUUAGCUUCGGUACUAAGAAAACUUCUCAAGUGACAACAGGCCAAGCGUCAGAUACAGAAAGGAGAUUGCCUGAUUUCUUAGAGAAGAAAAGAGAUUAUUCUUUCAGAAGAGAAAGUUCUCCUGAGCCAAAUAAAGAUUUAGUUCUGUCAGAUCCGUCGUCUGAUGAGAGAGACUCAGAUGGUUCAGAAGAAGAUUCACCAGUGUUAAGCCAUAACAACAGCCCCGAAGAAAGAAAAACUGCCAAUUGGAGUAAUGAGAAAUCUAAGUUAGGUUCUAGCUCAGCUAAACGGAACUCUAACCUUAAGGGCAUUGGACGUGUCGUGUUAAGUCCUCCCUCCUCUUUGUCCAAAGGGAUCGAUAAAACUGAUUCCUUCCAGCAUUGUUCAGAGAUGGAUGAGGAUGAAGAUGAAGGCUUGGGAAGGGCUGUUGCAUUGUUCGCUAUGGCUCUUCAAAACUUUGAGAAAAAACUGAAAUCUGCAGCUGAAAAGAAGUCCUCAGAAAUUAUAGCAUCAGUCUCCGAGGAGAUACAUCUGGAGUUGGAGAAUGUCAAGUCUCAUAUCAUAACAGAAGCGGGAAAGACGAGUAACCUAGCCAAAACUAAGAGAAAGCAUGCCGAAACAAGAUUACAAGAGCAACAAGAGAAAAUGAGAAUGAUCCAUGAAAAGUUCAAGGACGAUGUCAGCCAUCAUCUUGAAGAUUUCAAGAGUACUAUUGAAGAGCUUGAAGGAAACCAUUCAGAGUUGAAAGGAAGCAUAAAGAAGCAAAGAACAUCACACCAAAAACUCAUUGCGCAUUUUGAAGGAGGCAUCGAGACAAAACUGGACAAUGCGACCAAAAGAAUCGGUUCUGUAAACAAGGCAAUCUGCGAGAGGAAAGAUGCUGCAGCUGAAGAUGAUUGUCGCAGAAUGUUUGAGGGAUGAUUGACACUGAGUCUCAGAAUUAAUCACACGUUACAUG